UUAAUCGGGCUUUUUUUCCCAUUCACAUUAAAAAUUAUGGCUUGCUGAUCAACAGAGAGCGAUAGAAAGAUGACAGACCAAUAUGUAGAUAGACAGCUCCACAGAUGGACAUACAGAUGCGGAAGACAGACAGAAUUACAGCUACAGUCAAUACUGAAGCUCGCGUGUUAGAUGGGUGAAUUUAAUCGAUGGGUAGAUCAUGUAAGCUGGUAGGUGGACAGACAAACAGACAGAGAGACCGACAGAUGAAAAUCCUCAAGAGAUGAAUUCAUCUCCUGUCGCUAUGUUGUUGUUGUGCUGGCGAGGUUCACAAAGCCCAAACCUCUUCGAGCUCCCAAUAGAGUUUUCAGUCUUGUCGCUCAUCUCCUGGCGUCUACAAAAGCGGCGCCUCACACCCGGACCAUCUCGCUCAUUGACACCACCGUGUCGCAAUGAAAUGCAAAUUAUUAUUAUUGCACUAGCGUUGAAUGCUAAAUUAUAGCUCGACUGCAAGUACAUACUGAGGCGAGACAUUGGUGAGUAUGACUUUACAUCCAUCCCGAGAUUUCUUACCACUCUAAUGAUGUAAGUAUGCCCCCACCCCCACCCCGACUUGUUUAUGAUGACUUUUCAUCCUGAAAUUUCACUUCAACAGAGAAGAUGCCUAACUUUUGUGAGUAGUGUAAACAUAGAGAACAGAGAAUGAAUGCAUUCCAGAUGCAAGAUGGAGACCUCGUACAACGCGUCUUCCAUGUUGGUGUGGCAGCACUUCCGCAUCCCCCCUGAAGGCGCGGUGCCCGCCUUCCUCUUUGCCAGCCUCAGCUACACCGUUAUCCUCUUCUGCAACCUGCUCCUCAUCCUCACCAUCGUGCUGAGCAAGAACCUGCGGCAGCCCAUGCACCUGUUCCUGCUCAACAUGCCCGUCAACGACCUGCUGGGCUCGUCGGCUUUCUUCCUGCAGCUCCUCAAGGAGUUGCGCAGCGACUCGGGGCGCGUGUGGCACCCGGCGUGCGUGACGCAGGCCUUCUUCAUCCACAUCUACGCGGCGGGCACCGUGCUCAUCCUCACCGCCAUGGCGUACGACCGCUACGUGGCCAUCUGCCUUCCGCUCAAGUACAACGUGGUGAUGACGUACGGCCACGUCGUGAGGAUCAUCGCCGCCAUCUGGCUGGCCUGCCUGCUGAUGAUCCAUUCCAGAUGCAAGAUGGAGACCUCGUACAACGCGUCUUCCAUGUUGGUGUGGCAGCACUUCCGCAUCCCCCCUGAAGGCGCGGUGCCCGCCUUCCUCUUUGCCAGCCUCAGCUACACCGUUAUCCUCUUCUGCAACCUGCUCCUCAUCCUCACCAUCGUGCUGAGCAAGAACCUGCGGCAGCCCAUGCACCUGUUCCUGCUCAACAUGCCCGUCAACGACCUGCUGGGCUCGUCGGCUUUCUUCCUGCAGCUCCUCAAGGAGUUGCGCAGCGACUCGGGGCGCGUGUGGCACCCGGCGUGCGUGACGCAGGCCUUCUUCAUCCACAUCUACGCGGCGGGCACCGUGCUCAUCCUCACCGCCAUGGCGUACGACCGCUACGUGGCCAUCUGCCUUCCGCUCAAGUACAACGUGGUGAUGACGUACGGCCACGUCGUGAGGAUCAUCGCCGCCAUCUGGCUGGCCUGCCUGCUGAUGAUCGGCGUGCUCUUCUUCCUGUUCCUGCGCCUGCCCCGCUGCCGUUCCACCAUCAGCAACAUCUACUGCGACCAGCCCACCCUGCUGGCUCUGGUGUGCGCCAACACGACCGUCAACCACGCGUACGGGCUGUUUAUCGUGGCCAUCACCCAGCUGCUGGCCAACGGUGUCAUCGUGUACACGUACGUGCGCAUCCUGUUAGUGUGCUUCCAGGGCAGGCAAUCCGACACCAAGGCCAAGGCCCUGCAGACGUGUGCCACCCACCUCUUUGUCUUCCUGCUGCUCGAGUGUCUGGGGCUGUUCACCAUCAUCUCCUACAGGGUCAAGCACCUACCGCCCAGUUUCAGGGGCUUCAUGGGCUCCUCCACUCUCAUCUUCCCGCCGUCGCUCAACCCCAUCGUCUACGGGAUCAAGACAAAAGAGAUCCGGGACAAUAUAGUGCACUUUUUUAGGAGUAGAAUCCUCAAAUCCUGUGUCAGGGAUCGACGACAUUCCUCAAGCUCGUAG